UCAUCUGGCAAGGCAGUGGGCACCGGGUCACCAGGGUAUGACAGCGGGCUCUGAGUCAAUUGGCACGACAGCGGGCACUGGAUCAGGUACCGGAUCAUCUGGGAUCAACAGCGGGCAUCGAGUCAACUGGCCUAAUAGGAUCAGAGGCAUCAGGCUGAAGAGAGGCAUCAGGCUGAAGAGAGGCAUCAGGCUGAAGAGAGGCAUCAGGCUGAGAGAGGCAUCAGGCUGAGAGAGGCAUCAGGCUGAAGAGAGGCAUCAGGCUGAAGAGAGGCAUCGGCUGAAGAGAGGCAUCAGGCUGAAGAGAGGCUUCAGGCUGAGUAGAGGCUUUCAGGCUGAGUAGAGG